UAGUUAAGUAGAUUAGGGUAGAUUUUGUGAAAAUUGCUGAUUUAGAUGCUUAAUUUAGUUUAGUUGCUCAUCUCAAAAGUCAAAACCCUCCUUAUUUAGGUUUCAAUUGGGAAGUUCGUUUGCUUAGGGUUACAACUGGUAAAAACUUGUUGUUGGUUCUGCAAUUUCAUCCUCUUCAAGAAGAGACACACGUUGGCAAAUUUUAUUUAAGAGUGCAAAAUAGAGAAAUACACUUUACAAGGUUGGUUAAGUAAUACCUGAGAUACCAGAAGUUCAGUUCCUCCAAUUGAUUGAGUAUUGGAGGGAUUCAGAUGUUCAAGCCAUGUGCAAAUUAAAUUCUGGAAAUAGAAAAAACAAAAGUGGAGGCAUCGGAUAGGACCUAUUAAUUUUGCAAGACGUGCAAGUAAAGAGAACAACGAGGAACCAUCUAAGUCUGAAAUGUUUAUUGUAACUCGUACAAAACAGGGGAAGAAAGUUCAUGAAGAUGCUCAAAUUGCAACAUCUGAACUUCAGAACCGUCAAAACUCUGGGGAAACAUCGGAUGAAGCAUUUAGGGCAGUGUUUGGGAAGGAGCAGCCUGGCCGAAUACGAUGCUAUGGUAGAUCAGUGACAACAAGCUCUGUGAAAAAAGAUGAGGAAAUCAAUAAGCUCCAACAAAAGCAUAACAAUGAAGCCUCUACUUCGAAAGCAGAAAUGCAAGAAAUGAGAGAACAAAUGCAAGAAUUGAGGCAGAUGCGUCAUUGCUUUAAUUUACUGGUGAAAAACAAUCCUGAACUAUUUAGUUCAGAUAUACAAGGAUUUGUCGGAUCUAACCAACCUUCUCCAGUUGAUGCAAGUAGCGCACAAGCUGUAAGGAGCCAAAAUCUCCCACAUUCUUCUGGAUCAACCCAUGGUCCAAUUCUUGAAAAGAUAUUUAGACUCAUACCUGACAAAUAUUUCAUCCCUUGACAUAUAACAUACCGAUUGAUUUAAUAAAGCUAUUAAUCAAAGUUAGUGAUAAUCAUAGAUGUUGUGGAACAAUUCAGAUUUUAUUUAGUUUCAAAGUGGAGAUAAAUUGAUAGUAUAC